AUGGUAAUUUACGACUAUACAGUCUCGUAGAGACAGAUGAGUCAUGGGUUGUUACUUGGCAAGCUUUUGAAGAACCAUGGCCUUUGCAGAGCAAACAGCCUGUGCAAGUAUGACAAUAUUCUGGAGUUUAUAGAUUCUUGCAACGAAAGUGAGUUUGGUUUUGUCAAACUUAGUCAUGUUGAAUUCUACGGUUACGAUAAGGGUUACCUCCGGUUUAGUACCUUAAAGGGAUGUGAAGAAGAAUGCUUGAAAUUGGGUGAUUACAAAGGUUUCCAGUUUAAAAGUGAUGAAGAGAACAAAGCAACAGGCCAUGGAUACUUACAGGCGGCAACUGGAUUGAGAAGAUACACUUAUUGUGAGCUUGAAAGGGCAACCAAUGGUUUCAGUGAAGAAGUAGGAAGAGGUGGCACCAGAAUUGUGUACAAAGGGGUGUUGCCUGACCACCGCAUUGCUGCAAUCAAGCAUCUGCAUGAGGCUGGCCAAGGAGAAGCAGAGUUCCCCACGGAAAGUGUUUUGGAAUGGAUUCUGCACCGUGAUAUUACGCGACAGAAUACACUCCUGGACUCCAAUUUCCAACCAAAGGUAGCAAACUUUGGGCUGUCUAAGCUGCUAAACCGAGGUGGUCUCAAUAGCUCAGGUUUCUCGAGUAUAAGAGGAACAAGAGGCUACGUGGCUCCUGAGUGGGUUUACAAUUUUCCAAUUACCUCCAAAGUAGAUGUUUUUAGCUAUGGAAUUGUAGUUAUGGAGAUGGUGACCGGAGAGAGCUUAACUGGAGCUCAAAUUGUCGACAAUAAUGGAGAUCAGGUGGUGAAGCAUGGGAGGUUGGUUCCAUGGCUGAGGGAGAAGGUAAUUGGAGCAGCUUCGAGAGAGACAUGGAUCGAAGAGGUUGCAGGUCCCAUGUUGGCCUACGAUUCUGACAUUGAUAAGAUGAAACUUCUGGUUAAAAUGUCCUUGCGAUGUGUGGAAGAGAACAUGGAUGCAAGACCCACCAUGAGAUAAGUUGUGCAGACGCUUUCAUAUAAUAAGGAUGAAACUUCAAAGUUCCUGUAGGUUUCCUGAGACAAGCUCUUGUGCUUAUUUUGCUGUUAUUUUGUUUGCUUUUAUUAUUCAUAGAUUUAUUUUUUUUUAAUUUUUAAUUCAAGAAAUAAAGUUAUAAAAAUACAUUUACUGA